CCUACUAGUGAGGGAGGCUGGAUGCUUCACUUUCAGGUUUCACUGCGUUUAGUUCCAGUACUCAAUUUACAAGACGGUAAAGCAGAUGCACAUUGUCUGGUCCUAUUUGGCUAUGAAUAAGAAAUAAAGCUUCAGCGCAAAAUUGGGAUUCCGUUUUCCCAUCGUGUGUAAAUGGUAACAACCCAGCUCCACACUCGGAUGCUUUGUCUUGACACCUGUUAGAUGAAGAGCCAAAGAAGACGUUUAAAACAACCCUCCAAUGUAGGGUGGCUGAACAUUGCUGCUAUUGCAUGAUUUUUCGUCGCGGUUGGACAGAGAGAAUACGGUUAACACAAUGGAAAGUAGUACACUAAAUGAGCAGGACUUUUGGCCAUUUAACGAAUCAUUGGUGAACUCAACCCUUGGCAACGGGACCACCGGGGGAAAUCAAACAAACCCCCUGAAACGGAAUGAGGAGGUGGCUAAAGUGGAGGUGACUGUGCUCGCCCUGGUCCUGCUCCUGGCGCUGGCUGGGAAUCUGUGCGUCCUGGUGGCCAUUCACACCACCAAGCACACACAGUCCCGAAUGUACUACUUCAUGAAACACCUCAGCAUCGCGGAUCUCGUUGUGGCUAUAUUUCAGGUCUUGCCACAACUUAUCUGGGACAUUACUUUCCGUUUCUAUGGACCCGAUAUCCUGUGCAGGUUGGUGAAAUACUUCCAGAUCGUCGGGAUGUUCGCAUCUACCUAUAUGCUUGUUUUGAUGUCUAUAGACAGGUGCUUGGCGAUUUGUCAGCCGCUUCGGUCUCUGCACAAGCGAAAAGACCGUUUCUACGUGAUUAUCUCCUGGGUCCUCAGCCUAGUGUUCAGCAGCCCACAAAUGUACAUUUUUUCCCUGAAGGACGUUGGCUCUGGAGUGUAUGAUUGUUGGGGUGACUUCGUGGAACCCUGGGGUGCCAAAGCGUAUAUAACUUGGAUUAGCCUUACCAUCUACAUCAUACCAGUGGCCAUCCUGAGCCUAUGCUAUGGACUAAUAAGCUUUAAGAUAUGGCAAAACUUUAGAAUGAAAACCAAGAGGGACCAGUGCAUAAGCCUCACCCCGAAGACUUCGAAAGGUCAUGCGCUCGCCCGGGUGAGCAGUGUAAAGCUCAUCUCCAAAGCGAAGAUAACUACAGUUAAAAUGACAUUUGUCAUAGUUCUGGCGUAUAUCGUUUGCUGGACUCCUUUCUUCACUGUGCAGAUGUGGACGGCUUGGGACCCAACGGCGCCUCGAGAAGCCAUGCCCUUCAUCAUCUCCAUGCUGCUGGCCAGUCUGAACAGUUGCUGUAACCCAUGGAUCUACAUGUGCUUCGCAGGCCACCUGUUCUCAGACCUGAGGCAGAACUUCCUGUGCUGCUCAGCCCGCUAUCUCAAGUCCUCCCAAUGCCACUGCGAACGUGACCAUGACUCCAGCCGCAAGAGUAACUCCUCCACCUACGUCAUCAAGAGCACCAGCAGCCAGAGGAGCAUCACACAGACCUCCACCACAUGAGACGCCCUCCUUCCAACGGUAACCCCCCCCCCGCAGGUCAGAACUGUGAUUCCCCCCUCCCAAACCUUCACCACCGCCUCAAACCCAGACUUGUCCUUCCCCUUCUCUGGUCCCGCUCCAGGGGAGACUCACCUAAUACUAUUGCAUUGCACUGCUUUUUUUUGUAUCAGACACAGUUGGUCAAUAAUAGAAUGAACAAUUGAUUGAUGUACAGAUGAAGCAGAUUUAUUUGGGGACAUUUUGUUGAAUGUCUCCUCUCACAGCCAAUUGUCCUGUCGCAGAUCAGAGUGAGUCAUCCAUUGAUUGUGUUUUCAUACUGAUGGAUUUAUGUAUUUGGUCUGCGGAGGAGGACAGUAGGUGGUGAAUGGAAAAUGAAGGACUGACUGUCUGUCACUCCAAACUAAGGAAAGGAGAGGAGAGAGCUGUGUUCUUCUCACCAUGGACUUAAAGGUGAUUAACAUGCCACAGACUCUGUGUCAAAGAGUUCUGUAAUAGUGGUUUGGGUUGUGAAUACUGACCAAUCCAGAGGGACAUUUUAACUUUGUCAACCUGAAGGUUAAGCUACUCUCCUGUUGCUUAUGUCUUGCUGCAUCGCACCAUGUGUUAGUUCACACACACAGUACGUUUCAACUAUCCAGUUUGUGAAAUGUCCUAGCUUUAUAAAAAUGGCGAUAUCUGUCAAGUUGUUAAAGCGGCAAUCAGCAGUUGAAACAAUGACAAAGAAUCCUGCCUGCCCCGGUUUCGGUAAAAAGCUGAAAUGUAACCACUCUCAAAUUCAUAGACAGCUAUGGAAACACGGACUGACCAUCCAUGAUUUCAAAAGUAUCAUUUGAGGCUAUAAAGUGUUUGUUUACAUUUACUUUCUUUACAAACAUUGGAGUAAAACAAGCUUAUAUUUUGGGUUCUGAUGGUGUACAACAAGUUGAUUUAAGCUUGAGGCACUUAUAAUUAUAUUCUUUAAGAAUCAAUGUGUACAUAUCAUUAAUUUAUAAGUUCAAAAAUGGAUGUAGCAACUGCAGAUUGCCCCUUUAAGGUUAACUUGCCUAUUCUUACAGAAAGCAACUCAACAAACUAGCCACCAUUUCCCCCAAGGAUGAACACCCACGUCCAAAUGUACUUCUAUGAAAAUUGUGGUGUAUUUUGGCAUAAUUACUCUGUCUGUACUUUUUAAAUGUUAGGCUGGUGUCUUCUAUGUUGCUAAAUAUGAUUGAGAAAUGGAUUGCACACACUCAGAACACUCCGAAUUGGAGGAGAAACCUCAUUGUAUUCAAUGUAUUUUAGAAACUAUUGCAUAAAGAGGGUGACCUGCCUUAAUAUUGAAUCUACUUGACACACCGUUGCUUGUACACAUAAAAAAUGUCAGUAUCAAAAGGCAGAAGUUUGCUUCUCCUUUUACUGUAAAUGUUUUGGUUUUCAACUUGUCCUUAAAGCUACUGAACAUUUAGUAGAAAACAUAAUUGUCUUAUUUGUAUUUAGAGUGUUGUAUUUUGGAAAAGUAUCUCUUAUUUAUUUGAAAUAAAUUGUAUGUGUUCUAUCAA